AUGGACACAGUGUGCAUGGCCAAAUGCGUGACAUAUGAUGGACUAAACUAUAAGUGUGGAAUGAUCUUGAUCCAAGGCUCACUGAGAGGACUGCCAGAGUUUGGUGAAAUCAUCCAAAUGGUGAUACUGCAGGACAAGUUGAUCUUCAUUACUGCCAUGGCUCAUUCCACAACUUCCAGACUUAAAGUGAUUUUGGGGGACAACAACAUUGAAAAACUGACACUUCCCAAUGGAAUACCAGAGUCACUAGAUGACCUUAUCGGCACGAUAAGGAGUACGUUCGGAUUAAAGUGCAGCUUGAAACUGCAGUACAUGGACCAAGAUUUUGGCAAUGACUUUUUCAAUCUGAACUCUACUGCUGAACUCCAGGAUUUGGGGACAAUCAAGGUCAUCCAGCAAACAACGUUGAUCAGUGCCACUGCAUCCUCUGCUUCUGUUUCAUCCGAGUCGGAUGACUGUGUUUCACUGGCAAACGACACUAUACUGCUUUCAUCCCCCGAGUCUCUGUCAUCUCGAACCAAGCAGUGGCCAGAGGAAUUUCCAAUUCCUCAAUUUUCCUACGACACGGAGUUGCAGUUAGUGAAAGGUAAUUCUGAGUGCCAGGUUGGAAACAAGUUGUUGACCUUGAGCUCCCGAAUAAAAUCUGAUAUCUUGAAUAGAGUAGUUGAAGAAAUUUACCGAUAUAAGGCCUACCCGGAGGAUGCACAUUUCUGCACAGUUGCAGAGGCCUUAAUCAAAAAGCACCCUUGUUUAAAAGAGCCUGGCUCAUUCAAUGGCUGCUACGGCUGGAAACAGCGACUGAAGUACAAAAUGGGAAACUACCGGACUCAACUCAAAGUGCUGGGGUGUGCAGAGCUGUCAGUAAAUUCCCUGAGAUCGAAAUCAACGAUGGAUGCUUUCCCUGCUAAAAAGGUGAAGAGGCCAAAACGAGCCGAAGCCAACUUCUAUCCAUCCUUCCCUACUGGAGAAACUCAGGACAGCAUGGAAAAAGAGAGAAUAGAACUUCUGACAGAUGUCAAGAUGAACAAUGAACAAUGGGUAAUCACGGACAAAAUGGCUUGCACGUUUGCCUACAGACGACAAGAGGUGGUCAACCAAGAACCCAGCAUUCAAGACUUUAAAGACCGGUGGCCUGCCUUGUUCCAUCAGAAAGAGAUCAAUGCAGAGUUCCUGAGGCUCAUGGCUGUUCAUCUUGAGGAUAUGUUCUUUGCCCAGUUGGACAUCCACUCAAGUCAGCUAAUCAGAGUCAUCCGUGCCAAAGGUGGAUCAACACACCAAAAGAAUGCUGACAUCAUGGACAUUUUGGACCAGACUGAGAACAUUCAUCUUCGAAGGGAGUGUGUCCUGAAAGUCCUCAUCAUCUUCCUCGGCGAGGAUGCAGAUGACCUGAUCAAGAAUAUCGUGACUCUGGACCAGAGGACAUUCAAAGGGAUCUGGAGCAUCUCACUGUGGCAGUGUUUGUCAUUCGAAAGGACGGGGAAGGACUGCAGGAGCCACCUGAAGACAUAG